AUGCUUAAUACAAUCCUUUCUACGUACUUUCAACUUCAUCAUAGACACAGGUCCAAUGAUCCCUUAAUAUUUGAAGAGAAUAUUUAUCCAUAUUAUGGUGGCCUCAGUGGUCACUUUUUGAAUGUACGUAGUCAUGGAGAUGGCAUAGUCGAUACCGAAGUUUUAUCGCAGAAAACGAAAGUGACUACAAAUCGGGAUGGUUCAGCUGCGGUUUCAGCUGCGGUUUCAGCUGGUGCAGUAACUACAGCGGCAGCGGUAGUUGGUAACAAUGAUUUGAUAACUUUUGAAAAGGAAUUUUUUAGAAUACAGUUAGCGGCGGCACGACUAAUAGCAUUGCAGGAGAAGGCGAAACGUUAUGGUUCCUUUACAGCUGAAGACAAUCGAGUUUAUGCUGAUAGCUUGGUAGAAUUAGGACAGGCUGCGCAGACAUUAGCUAAGUUACAACAGAGUGGAAAAAUAAAAGAUUUUAGUAUGUUAUUACAACCACUAAUGGGUCUUCCAUUACCAUCUGCUACAAUGCGACCAACAAGUGCACCAACAACUACUUCUACAAGUGCUCCAACAAAAUCAACUACUGCUGAACCAACAUUUGCCAGUGAUAGUAACGUUGAUAAAGACGCUGGUGAGCAAAAAGUCGAUGAGGUAACUGAACAACAUUUUAAUGAAUCAGAUUUGUUACCACCUAACACUGACGAUCCAUACGAGGAUGUCAAUGACAGUGUUGCUGUUACAGCACCCAAAAAGGAUGCAUCAGUUGCUGAAGCCAAGCCAGUUGGUUUGUCAAUUGCCGGUGAAGGUGGUGUCGCUUCUUCGAAACCGAAUGCUGUAGCACUCUCAGGCCGAAAUGGUUUGGCUGUUGCUUCACCAAAAGCCACUGCUAUAGCCGGUGUUUCACCUGAAGAAGCAGCGGCUUUCAGUGUCACAUUACCUAAUCGAAAUUCAGCUUAUAAUCAACUUGUUAUUAAAAAUAAAUAUCGUCCAUCAACACCAGUUCAAUAUCCCUCAUAUGAUGACUACGAUUACAGUGAUAUAGCACCGGUUCGUCAAGUUACACGCGAUAUGCCAAUAGCUCCACCGACUAAAACUAAGACUGCUGCUGUCAUAUCUUCUGCUGCUAGUGACGAUUUGAUAAAUAAAUGGAAGACUAUCAUUGCUGAGGAUUUCGCUUCAUCUCCUUCUAUUUAUGGACGUAGCGCUCAUGCUAAUAAAUUACCACGUAUCAAAGCCACAAAUAAAUUUGCACUGCGUAACAAUAGCGGAUCAUUUUAUUAUAUAUAUUAA